AUGAACAUAUCUAAAACUUCUGGUACCAAGCACAGACUAGCUAAAUUUAUCAAGAAUCUUGAUGUAUUUGGGAUACCAGUGUCUCUAACUUACAAAAAUGAACCUCAUCUGAAGUCUUUUGUAGGUGGCUUAGCUACCAUGUUUCUGAGUCAAAAUAUUUAUUAUUGGCAGGACAAUAAUGGCAGGAGUACUCAAAUAAAAAUAAGAAAUAGACUAGAAACAGGAAAGUGUAAUUAUGGUAGACUAGAUAUUUAGCCUGAUACAAUAGAUUAUCUCAACAUUAUUAAGUCUUACGAAUGUCCUUAAAACUUCAACUUCUAACUCUAAGGAAGCUAUUCUGCUGAGGCAUCUAGAUAAAUUUAAGUUGGAGUGUUUCCCUGCAACCAAACUUUCCUAGACAUUAAGUACAAUAAAACCAAAAAAUGCAAGAGCAUUGAAGAACAGUACCGAGUAGAUUACUUUAAUAUCCAAGAAAUGAGAUUGGAUGGGGGAGUAUAAAAUGCAUUUAUCGCUCUAACUUUAUAAAUAGAUGAUACUGUUAAAGUUAUAAAUCUCAAAAGUCUUUACCAAUACUAAAAAGAAGAAAAAAUUGAAGAUAAUAAUUCACUUGGGAGGCCUAAUUCAAGCAGUUAGCGAGGAUUUAAAAAGAAACUGCAAGAUGACGUAUUCUAUGCUUGCUUAAGAAGGAAAGGACUCUUAAAGGAAUUUGGAACUUACCACUAAGCGAGAGAUAAGCUAUAUUAAAACGGAAUUCAAAAAAUUAGCAAAGAAUUAGACAUAAGAUACAUUGUGAAAGAACUUAGGAAUAUAAAGUUUGUCUAAAAAGUUCUUUUAAAUAAAUAUUAGCGGUCAAUGGUUCAAUAUUUCAAAGGUAACUUACUAAAUGAGGCUGUUGAAAAGAAAUCUACACUUUCGGCAGAUAAAUUAUUACUAUUCCUUAGGAAAACAUUGUUAAAGUCUAACUAGAAUACGUUUGACAAGAGACUUUUAAAAUCAAUUGAGUUAACACAAGAAGAAAACUUACAGUUCUAAGAUAUAUUUAAAUCGAAAGUUAAUGGGAAGCCACAGCAUAUUGGAAGUGCAAUUAAAGAUGGAGUUUAAGAGCAAACCUAAGUUUGCUCUCCUCUCAAACUUAAUGAAAGAUUAAAAAUAUCUCCUGAGAUUAGACUAGUUUCAACACUUUACAACACUAUCGACCAAGAUUAAACAUUGAAAUAAGAAAAAAUUGAUAUUCAACCUAAUUUUCCUAGUACUUGUAACUAGAAAAUCACUCUAGGAGAAAUUUAGGAUAAUUUAUCAAUAUCAGAGAUUAGUGAAAAUGAUUUAAACAACUAAAAUGCAGAAGAUACUUAUAAUAGGUAUAGAAAACAUGAUAUUAAUCGAAGUAUUGAACAAAAAGAAACAAAGUAUUUCAAUUUUUGA